AUGAAUUCAAAGCACGCGGCAUUGUGGGACGAGGUUCAGGGCCCCUGUGAGACGCCUAUGCUGCAGGCUGCCCUAGGCGCUGACGUGGACCCAACUGCACUGCUAGACGGCUGGACACCUAUUCAUUUUUUAUGCGAAAACUGCUUAGUGAAGCCAGCAGCUCGCACUGAGGGGCUACGGCUACUUCUACUCGCAAAUUUUGAUGCAAACGUCGUUGACGAGAGGGGAUGGAGUGCCUUGCACCUUCUGUGUACGAAUAAAAGCGGAAGCGAAGAGGACCUGGUGCCAAGUAUCCACCAACUUCUUUCAGCUGGGGCUAAUGUUGAUCUUCAGACUUCUGACAACAAAAAAUCGGCGCUGCAUUUUCUUUGCGGGAACGAGGCGUUGUCCAUUGACACCCUGGAGGCUGUGUUGCAGGCCAAGCCCGAUUUGAACUUAGUGGAUUCGCACGGCAACGUCGCAUUGCACUAUUUAGCUGAGAAUUGCUUUGUCUCGAAUCGCAUGUUCAGCUUGAUGCUGGAGGCGGGAGCAAACCUUAACCAUCAGAACCAUUUUCAAUCAACCCCAACACAUUAUAUCUGUCAGAAUAGUCGCGUGACUGGGAUCGUCAUCCGAGAGCUUUUGAAGCACAAAGCCAAUUUUAACAUCAAAAACAAUAUUGGCUAUACCCCCAUCCACUACUUAUGUGAGAACAAUGUAUUGACUGUUGAUAUGCUAAAAGAGAUUUUGCGCGAUAAACACGUGAACAUCACGAUCACCAAUUCGCUAGGGAAACUUGCAAGCGACUGCAUUCCGUUCCAAAAUCACGACUGUCGUGCGUACCUUCAAAAAUUCGUCGCGCCUAAUUUGAACCGAGCGAGUGGGAACAUAACUGCAUCCUCUCCAAUUGGUGGCGAGGACCCUAACGAAUUGCCAGAGCCUUUAAAAAAGACACUGACGGCUUGGAAUGCGUCGCUGCCGCCGUUUGAUGAGGCUUUUUACAACGCAAUUUCCUGCGAAGCUGCUUUCGAAUCCAUAUAUGUUGAGGUACAGGAGAUCUCAAGGCGUGCGUGUGAUACUCCUGGUGAUAUUGCGGCCUUCACCUCGUGGAAAAAAAGCUUAGGCAAGUGGCGAAACUGUAUUUUGUUAGCGUAUGCGGCGCUAAUUCCCCCUGACAUUUGGCAUCGAUACGCUGAGCUGUUCCAGCGUCCUGUACCAUCAGAUAUGUUGAAGUUGCGAGGGGAAAUUGAGAAAGCAUGGAUGCAAUAUCCAGAUCAAAUCCAGCGUCGUGGCCGCUUUGAAGCGCUUAGUGGUGUGUUUAACAAUUAG